UACGCGUACCCCCAUUUGAGAACCACUGAUAUAAUCAAAGAGAACCAUCUCGACGCGCAUGCGCUCCUCCAAAACAGCGAUGGGUGGGGCGCAUGCGCAUCAGUUUAAAGGUUACCACAGCUGUGUUUUCAGAGCUCCGCUUGACAAAAGCUCCCCAAGAACAUGGCUACGUUUAGCUUCUCUCUCGGGCGCACUGGCUGGAGAGUGACACGGAAAGGGCUUCCAGCUUUCUCAGUGCCACAAUGUUUUAAUGGCAGAAUAUGUCGGCGCCGUCACGUCGUUAAUUUAAGGCGAAUGUUCAGCUCUCAACCUCACAACUCCAAGGUGCCAGCAGCUGCUACCUGGAAGCCAAUCCAAGAGGAGCAGCUUCCAGCGCCGACACGAGUACCACCUGACCUGGUGGACAAACUUGAGCGUCUGGCUUUGGUGGACUUCCGGAAUAAAGAGGGUGUGGCCUGUUUGGAAAAAGCCAUCCGCUUUGCAGAUCAACUUCAUGUUGUGGACACGUCUGGAGUCGAGCCCAUGGAUUCGGUUCUGGAGGACAGAGUUUUAUACCUGAGGCAUGAUGCAGUGACGGAAGGAAACCACGCAGAAGAACUUCUGCAUCUCUCCAAAAACACAGUAGAGGAAUAUUAUAUGGCACCACCAGGAAAUAUUCCGUUGCCAAAGAGGGAAGAGCGGGUCGCCAUGUUGCAACACUCUGAAUUCUGACAUUUUGGACUUUUAUUGGUUUUGUAAAGUUUAUUCUGGUUGGGCGGUGGUCAUGGUGCAAAUCAAUGACAGGACACACAAACAUUUACCUUCCUACUCAAACCUGUGGACAAUUUAGAGUUUACCAUUACCCUAACAUGCAGGAGGAUGUGGGAGUAAAUUGGAGUUCCUGGAACAACCCACACAAGCACAGAGAGAUUUCACAUCCUUGUCCGUGCAGGAUGUUUUCUUUUUUUGUGUAAACCUUAUCUUGCAGUAUAGUUUCAAAAGAAACAGUAAAUGAGUAGUGUGCACCAAGAACAACA